UUGCAGGGGGUGCCACUGCUUCGGCAGCCACAUGGUUGCCCCACAUGUGUGGGAACUCCCAGAUCGUGCUUUGGAAACCGGGAUGGUGGUGUUAACCGAAAAUGAUUCCAUUCCUUAGGGAGGAGUGAUCAUGGACGUUGUGAAUGCCGAGCAAGCACGCAUAGCAGAGGAAGCCGGAGCAUGCGCCGUCAUGGCCCUCGAGCGUGUUCCCGCCGACAUCCGCAAAGACGGCGGCGUAGCCCGCAUGUCGGACCCCAAGAUGAUCAAAGAGAUCAUUGCAGCAGUCACCAUCCCUGUCAUGGCCAAAGUCCGGAUUGGCCACUUUGUCGAAGCCCAGAUCCUCGAACACCUCAACGUCGACUACAUCGACGAGUCGGAGGUCCUGACCCCCGCCGACGAGCAGCACCACAUCGACAAAUCCAAGUUCAAGGUCCCCUACGUCUGCGGCGCCAAGAACCUCGGCGAGGCAUUGCGCCGCAUCAACGAGGGCGCGGCGAUGAUCCGCACCAAAGGCGAGGCCGGCACCGGUAACGUCGUCGAGGCCGUCCGCCACGCUCGUCAACUCACCUCCGAGAUCCGCCGCGUGCAGAACAUGGCUGAGGAGGAGCUGUACGUCUACGCAAAGGACAUCCAGGCGCCAUUCCACCUCGUCAAGGAGACCGCACGACUCGGUCGUCUGCCCGUUGUCAACUUUGCCGCGGGAGGCGUCGCGACACCCGCUGACGCCGCCCUCAUGAUGCAGCUUGGCAUGGACGGCGUGUUUGUCGGUUCGGGCAUCUUCAAGUCUGGAAACCCCGCCCAGCGCGCAAAGGCGAUCGUGCAGGCCGUCACCCACUACCAGGACCCCGCGGUGCUUGCGGCCGUUUCGGAAGACCUGGGAGAGCCGAUGGUCGGAAUCAACUGCGAUAUCCUCCCCGAGGACCAGAAGUUUGCCAAGCGUGGUUGGUAAACAACACCAUUCGUGGACAUAUCUUUGAAAUCAACA